UACAGCUUCUCCUUCACUUCCUGUCCUCCACCUUGAAAAACAGGACUUGAUAGCCAUGAAGGUCUUCAUCCUUGCCUGCCUGGUGGCUCUUGCUCUUGCAAGAGAGAAGGAAGAACUCACUGUAUCCACUGAGACUGUGGAAAGCCUUUCCAGCAGUGAGGAAUCUACCACGCACAUCAACAAGCAGAAACUUGAGAAUAUUAAGCAUGAGGAACAGCAGCAAAGAGAGGAUGAACGCCAGAAUAAAAUCCACCCCCUUGCCCAGCAGCAGCCUCUAGUCUUUCCUAAUGCCGAUCCCAUCCCCUUUGCUAUCCUUCCACAGAAUGUCCUGCCUCUCGCUCAGCCCGCUGUGGUGCUGCCUCUCCCUCAGCCUGAAAUAGUGCAAGUCCCCCAAAUUAAGGAGAACAUCGUUCCGACACGCAAAAUGAUGCACUUUCUGAAAUCUCCAGUAGCGCCCCUUUUGAACAGCCAAAUCCAGAAUCUUGCUGAUCCUGAAAAUCUGCACUUUGCUCAGCUCCAGCCUCAGCCUCUGCCUCUGCCCCUGCCCCUGCCCAUGCCUCUGCCUCUGCCUCUGCUCCAGCCCCUGAUGCAGCAGAUCCCCCAGCCUCUUCCUCAGACUCCCAUGCUUGCUCCUCAGCCACUGCUGUCCAUCCCACAGUCCAAAGUCCAGGCUCUUCCCCAGCAAGUGCUCCCCGUCCCUCAGAGAAACAUGCCCCUACAAGCCUUUCUGCUGUACCAGGAGCCUUCUCAUGAAGCCCACCCUGUGACUCAACCACUUGCCCCAGUUUACAACUCUGCUUUUGUUUAAGAGAAUUUCAACAUUAAUGUCCCCUCCUCACUUUUGAAUUGACUGUGACUGGAAAUGUGGCAUCUUUUCACUCGGCAUCCUGAAAGCAAAAUUGAUCAUUUUUGCAUGAAUCUCCAUGGAAAAAAAUGAAAAAUUUGUCUUUUAUUUAUUUUAUGUACUAUAUGGCAUUCAUCUUAAUCUGAAUUUGACUCAUAAACUCUACCUUUUCCAAACUGUAAUUCAGUAAUACAUCAGAAUUUAAUUUUGAGUUGGAAAUAACCUAAACUUGGGAAAAAUAUGUAUAGUUUCUGGAAUUGUGUUUGUUAUUAUUUAAGUAUCUAUUUCCUAGCCAGUCAUUUCAAUAAAUUAAUCCUUUAGGCAUA